ACAACGGUGACAUCGGAUCGACGUAACUUUCACUUCUUCGAAGAUGGGAGGCAGAGGGGCAACAACAAAAUGCAUCGAAUGAAUGGUUCUCCACGAUGCUCUUCACCAUUGCACGCUGGUAUUCUCCUGGUCUUGUUGAUAGCGGUUUCCCCGAUAUCCGUAGUGUUAGCUUUCUUGGAAUCAUCAAGCAUUAGUAAUUCGUUGUUCCGACAAAUCCCCACGUCAUCCCAACUGUUUCUUCCACAAAUAAUUAUCAAAAGAAGUGUAAUAGUAGUACAAGUCAGCAGCAAUGAUGAUAAUAUUGACAACCAAUCAGGAGAAGAAGAACAAGAAGAAUCACAAGUACUAUUGGUAGCUACAAAGAAACGAAAUAAUGUGAAUCAACGAGUCCGAAGCAUUGUCCAAGUACUGUCGGACUACAACGGCCAGCCUAGGUUGGGACCUCAAUGGUCCAAGACCAAAAACUAUCUCUACAAUCAACGAGAUUUGACGGACGAUCAAGUGGGAAAAGUACUCCAUUUCCUCAAUGAUGUUUUGAAGGAUGAUAUCGACUUGGUUUGUUCUGUCAUUCAAUCCAAUCCUCGCAUUCUACGGAAAAGUGUCGACCAUUAUUUGAUCCCCACGGCACAAUUCCUACAGAAUCUAUAUGGCUCGGAACUGUUCUGCGAGGCCGUCCGACGAAAUCCAGGCAUUUUACUGUCCACGGGAGUUGGUCACAAUGCGCCCGAUGAUGCCGUCGCGGCCAUGGAAGAACUAUUGACGCAACGAUUGGGUAGACAACCCAGAGAUAUUACGGCAUUGAAGAAGAAGGCGCCCUGGUUGUUUCAAACAUCCGUCGAACAAAUCACAUCGGUCCUGCACUACUUGGAUCAUCUGUUGCUGCAACAACAGCAACAACAGCAACAACAUCAACAGAAUCAUGAUGAUCCAAGCUCUGCUUCCGAACACGAAGAUCCAAUAAUCAGCGAACAUCGACGCAAGACCAUGCUGGGCAAACUGAUUCAGGCAUAUCCCACCAUCUUUCAUCUUUCCGUCGAAACCAAUUUGAAACCCAAGGUGGCAUUCCUCCAGCAGCAGUGCGGGUUCACCAAUGCCGAUGUGGCAUCGUUAUUGACGUCCACGACGAGGGCAGGACUCUUUUGUCUGUCGUUACACGACAAUCUACAACCCACUUUGGAAUUACUACAAGAGUUGUUUCGGGACGACGACAACUCACAUGCACUCCUUCGUGACUGCAUAUUGAAACAUCCUCAAAUCUUGUCGUUAUCGCAAGCCAAUCUUCAGGAAAAGAUUGCCUACUUUGACCGCAUGGACGACGACGACGAGCUGCAGCAGAAUGCUAAUGCGGGCCAAAGCCAAAAAGAUUCAUUGGCAUGUCGAAUUGCCAUUCGGUCUCCCACUAUUUUCUCCUUGAGCUUGAACGAAAAUAUCCAGCCCAAGGUAGAUUUCUUGGCCAACGUGUGGGGUAUUAACGCAAAUCACGACGCACCCCAUGAUGCUUCCACGACAAAGCCGUCCCUGACAGCACUCUUGGGCGAGUACCCCAAUAUCCUCACUCUGAGCCUCGAAGGAAACAUUCAACCGACGUUGAAUUUCUACAAUCAGACUGGUUACAUCAAGCUAGACUCGGACUGGAAUUGGGAACCUAGUGAUCCAGAGGAAGACGGGGACAAGAAGGAGAACCCAUCACCUUUGAUCCGGGCUCGAUACAUUGCAUGCUCUCUUUUUCAACGGUUGCUUCCCCGGUGGCACUUUUAUCUCAAGAUCAAGGUCAAAAGGUCCAAAACCCAAUUUCCAGUUGAAGAGGACGACGACAACGACGCACCACCGCUGCACAUUCUCGCGAUGGCUAGCGAUGCCAAGUUUUGUGACUUCCUUGGCGCAGAGGAAGAAGAGUACAAGGCAUUCAAGGAAGAGACCAUCCCAAGACUCAAGUUUUCCUCUCAAUUUGAUACGUGGCUCAAGACUGGUAGACCCAUCGAUGUCUAG